AUGGCUGCGGCUGCGACCGCACAGUCCUCCGCCGUCCAACCUGCUCCCGUCAUCACCGACAGCACACCUGGUGCCCACUUUGUCGGCGUCCUCCCCCACAAGGCCAACAGUAAUCUCAGCGGCUCCAUCUCAGCCGUCUCAGCCCCCGACGGCAAGGGUGUUCGCUUCACCGUCUCUUUCGCGGGUCUCCCAGCUGAGGGCGGUCCCUUUAUGUACCACAUCCACGCCAAGCCUGUUCCCACCGAUGGAAACUGCACUGGUACUGCUGCCCACCUUGAUCCCUACUUGCGCGGCGAGGUCCCCAUCUGCGAUGCCACCAAGCCUGAGACCUGCCAGACUGGUGACUUGAGUGGUAAAUUUGGCAACAUGACAGAACAAUCCUGGUCGCAAGAAUACAUAGACCCUUACAGCUCCCUCAACAAAGCUGAUCCCUCGUACUUUGGCAACCUCUCCUUUGUCGUCCAUCUCCACAACAAGACGCGCAUUGGAUGCGCAAACUUCACCGACAUGUCUCCCGGCUCUGACCACCCAUCGGGCGGCAUCUCUUCGGGCAGCCUCCCCAAGCCCACCGAGAUGCCCACUUACAACACGUCGGGUUCUCCUUCUGCCAGUGCAACAGGAGGUUCGCCUGUGCCUCCUACGCCUACCUCGUCGACCCCGCCCGCCCAGUUCACCAAUGCCGCUGCUAGUGUUGUUGGAGGCAGUGCGGCGCUGCUCGUGGCCGCUAUUGCCCUGGUUUUGUAG